AUGGAAGCAAAUAUCCAACACCCUACAACCACGACAGCUGCGGCUGCUGACGCCGGUUUCCAGAGAUGGAACUCGCCGAUUCCGUACCUCUUCGGCGCUAUAGCUCUUGUGAUGGGAGUGGUGGCUCUGGCAUUACUAGUUCUGGCUUGCUCAUAUAAGCGUUCAUCGUCGGGGGAGGAAUCUUCAACCCAAAAGUCGGUGAAGGAGGCACCGGCUUUGCAGCCGGAGAUGGAGCCCAGAAUAGUUGUCAUCAUGGCCGGAGAAACUAACCCCACCUACCUCGCUAAACCCAUCCCCGCCCGGCCCCAUCAACAACUUUGA